ACCACAGUAUUUGUUGUUUGUUGGACAGACAUUUCUGUGCAGACAUGGAUCAUGAAUGGGUAGGAUGAGGACAAAACAAGAUGGGUACAGUUUCAAAGGGGACAUUCCUUCACUCUUCUGAUAUUUGACAAGCAUCUAGGAAGGAAUGAGCCCCAAUGACAGCUUUCUUUCACAAAGUAUUUGUGUCUGGUCUUGGCCAUUUGGGAUUACUACUCCUCUGUAACUAUCUGGAAAAGUACCAGGGAAUGCUAUGUUUCUCUGUAAGUGGUAAAUGCAGCCUGUAUGAUAAAUAAAUAAGCACUGACCAAAGGACAAUGUGGGUCUGUUAAAGCAUUUGGUGGUGGUGUGCUCCUGUGAGAGCACAUGGUAGGGCUUUAAAGUAUUCAAAGUAGCUAAUCAGGCACUGGGAGCAGGGAUAUAAAAGUCCAACUGUAUCAGCCUAUUUCUUGAUCAGAUGAGAAGGGAAUGGUAAACCACAGAAGCUACAUGGACUUGCGGUUUGUGUACUCAUAAUUUGCACUUCUGAUUACUUUGUUUGCUUCUGGAGGUGCAGUGUGGUGGGGCUGAUGAGAUCAUGUUUUGCACUUUGAACACUCAUAAAGUUGAUAUGGACAAGCUCUUAGGUGCACAAAUUGGCCUUGAAGAUUUCAUAUUUGCCCACAUAAAAGGACAACGAAAAGAAGUGGAAAUACUUAAAACUGAUGAUAUGCUUGGGCUUACCAUUACAGACAAUGGAACUGGCUGUGCCUUUAUAAAGCGAAUCAAAGAAGGUAGCCUUAUGGACCAAACCAAAAUGAUUUGUGUGGGUGAUCACAUAGAGACUAUAAAUGGAAGAAAUGUGUCAGAUUGUCGGCAUUAUGAAGUUGCCAAAAUGCUAAAAGAUCUGGAGAAAGGUCAGAUAUUUAAGCUGAAGCUGAUAGAGCCUAUGAAAGCAUUUGAAAAGCUGGAACCAAGGUCCAAAGGUGGAACUCUGCCAGCGGCUAAGAUCUCCAAAGGGAGAGAAACACUUCGUCUGAGAACCAAAGGCCCUGCUACUGUGGAGGAAAUGCCAACUGAAGUUGAAGAAAAAGCAAUUAAAAAAGUGGAUGAGCUUCUUGAGACAUACAUGGGGAUAAGAGACAUUGAAUUAGCUGCAACAAUGGUGGAAGCUGGAAGAGACAAGAAAAACCCGGAUGAAUUUGCAGUGGCAUUGGAUGAAACUCUUGGAGAUUUUGCAUUUCCAGAUGAGUUUGUAUUUGAUGUAUGGGGAGCAAUAGGUGAUGCUAAGCAAGGACGACUGGAGUGAGACCUGUGCAGUUUAUCAAUCCCUAUCUGAAAAUAAAAAAUUAUUUUCAAAUACUUACAUCAGAAUUUUAAUACUUUUAUUGAUAUGAAUAAAGAUUGCUAGAAGUAUUCUUGUCUGAGACUUUCUUUUGCAAAGGAAGGCUUUUAAUAGAAACAUGAAGAUAACCCCAAAGUUCUGACAACUGAAUAUUUUAAACAACCUACAUGUAGAAAUCACUAGAAGGAGUGUUUCAAGGAGAUAUACAGACAAUUAGAUAAUUAGGGUUUGUAC